GGUUUCUAGUUCAUCAUGUUUCUCCUUGACCUUCAACUAAAAAUCAUACAGACAUCCGCUUUUCCUCUGUCGAGUUGUAAUGCUGGUACUGAAAACAUGACUGAAGAGGGAAAAUACUCAUCUGAUUAUCAAUGUACCCUACCACCAGAUCUUAUACAGAAAGCAGAGAGAGAGUUAAACGAGAAAGCUGAAUGGAGGAGCCGUGAUAUUCAAGCACUUAGAGAUAUGGUGAACAAAAAUAAAGAUCUUCACGUUAGGACAGAUGAUGCAUUCCUGUUGCGCUUUCUGAGAGCCAAAAAGUUUGAAUAUGACAGAGCAUACAAUCUUCUUGUGUCCCAUUUCCAAAUGAAAAAGGAAAACCCAAAGUUGUUCGAAAAUCUUCGACCCUCGGCAGUGAAACACGUCCUGGAAGCUGGAGUUACUGGAGUGCUGCCUCAUAGAGACAAGGAGGGGCGGAGAGUGAUCAUUUUCAGGCCAGGGCUUUGGGACCCAAGUCGAUUUCCUAUUGAUGAUGUAUUCAGAACAAACUUACUAACUCUGUCCAAGAUUAUACAGGAUGAAGUUACUCAAGUCAAUGGACUAAUUAUGGUCACAGAUUUAAAUGGCAUAGGAUGGGCUCAUGCCAAGAACAUGUCUCCUUUGUAUGCAAAACGUGUCACAUCUUUGUUGCAGGAUGAGGAAAGUCAGAUAAAUGGAAUACUGAUGAUAAUGGACUUAAAGCGUGUGGGUUGGAAACAUGUGAAGAAUAUUUCCCCUUUGUACAGUAAAAGAAUGAUGAGCCUGUUACAAGAUGCCUUCCCUGCAAGAUUCAAAGGCCUUCAUUAUCUGAAUGAACCUGCAGUGUUUGAUUACAUUUUUGCCAUUGUGAAGCAGUUCAUGAAAGAAAAGACUGUUAGUCGACUGCAUUUUCAUGGGAAAAAUGUACAAGAAUUGACCGAGUUUAUUGACCCAGAAUAUCUUCCGGAGGAGUAUGGAGGAAAAGCACCUCCAUUUUCAAAUAAAGAUUGGAUGGAGGAGCUUCUAAAAUGUGAUGCUGAAUUCGAUGAUGAGGCCAAAUAUGGAUUAGUGUCUGGGUCCUCUGUGGAUCAGAAGCCUGGUCAGGAUGCCAUGGAGUGUGUGAUGGGGAGUUAUAGAAAGCUUAGUGUGGAUUAAGGCGGAGACGGUUAGAAAUAGACAAGUGGAAUUCAAAGCAGCAAAUUUCUAAGGUCUUGCUGCCCUUUAGUGAUUUGUUGAUUGUACAAAGUUGUUGGGUGUUUUGUUAAAAGAAUGAGUUAAGCAUUAUUAUCAGGAAUACCUCUCUAAUUAUGCAUCUAUUGGCAUUCUGAAAAGUCUGUUUUGGGGUGUAGAAUUUUUUAAGGGAUAUAUUUAAUUCAUUAUUACCAGACUAUACAUUGCUUUGACAUUUCUUUACUCUCUGCUUUUAAUUUGAAAUGGGAAUACAUGGUAUAAAGAAUUACAAUGAAAUGCAACAUUCCAAUGUAUAGUCUAAUCUUUGUUUAUUGGUCAAUUACUGUAGAUUCCUUAUUUAACGCAAGGAAUUUAUGUUUGUAUAAAUUCGACAGAGAAAAAUCUCGCAUAAAAUAAGGAAUUUACAAUAGAUUUGAUGUACUUGCUAUGCAGGCCUCAUGACAACCACUUUUUCAUCUACUAGAUGUAGAUAUCUCAUGAUCUUGCACAGCAAACAUUCAACCCAAAGUUUCAAUAAAAUACAAAUUCUUUUCACCAAAUGAAAAUCAGAAUCCCCUCACAUUCAGACAAUUUUUAAGUUCUGACUCCCAACAACCAGAUGUUUGUUUGGUUUUUUUCCCAAUUUUGUUGAAAGUUUAAUAAAGAGAAAUAAUUCUUCUUUAAGAAUUCUCAAGAAAUCUUUGUAAACCAAAAAUCUCUUCAUACCAGCCAUUCAAUUAUUAUGGUCCGUCAGGUCAUCAAUUUUAAUAAUGUUUGACUGUAAGAACUCCAUCAUGAAUUAUGGAAUAUCAUAAAAUAUUUUGUUUAUUUCUCAUAAUAUUGUGCUAAUAUUUACCCUGGUUAUUAUACCCCCGCUUCAAAGGAGAAAGGGGUAUACAGUUUUACUCUUGCAUGUCUGUCUGUAAAAAAAAUUUCUGUCACAUUUUUCUUAGCAACUAUUCAUCACUGAUGCUUUAAAAUUUAACAUACUCUUUUUUUAGGCAUGCCAUACGUUGGGGUAUAUUUUCGUAUCUAUCGAACGUCAACUUCCUGUUAAAUGAUAGCUUUGUUUUUUGCCUUAAUUUUCAAACCAAUUUUCAUCAAUUAUUCCUCAGCAAGUAUUUAUUGCAGAUGCUUGAAAUUAUAAUACACGUUAGGAUUACCGGUAAUUUUUGUACCAAUCAGCUGUCGACUUUGUUUAUUUUUUGCCUUUAUUUUCAAGCAAAUUUUUCAUUAAGAUUUCUCUGCAACUAUUCAUCAUAGAUGCUUGAAAUUUUAACACACUAUCUGCUAUGGCAUGCCAUACAUUGAGAAUUAUUUUUGUACCAAUUAGAUGUCAACUUUCUAUUAAAUUAAGACUGUAUUUAUUUUUAGCCUAAAUUUUCAAGAAAAUUUUUUGUAAAGAUUUCUCAGCAAUUUAAUUCAUCACAGAUGCUUGAAAUUUUAAAUCCUGUUAAAUAUUGACUUUCCUUAUUUUGUUUAUCCACAUCAGAGCGGGGGUAUUACUAGUGAGCCUUGGCUCACAGAUAUUUUGCAUAUCUUGCAUAAUCACCAAUUUAAUAUGGUGGAUGGAAAAAAUUUGAUCUCUGUUAAAUCAUAAUGGUAUUUUUGUGAGUGUGCUGUAUAAAAUGAAUUUACAUGCAUGUACACAUACAUGACACAUAUUUAUUUGUGUACAUUAGGAGAUUUAGUUGACCUUUCAUUUGAUUUGCAUUUUAUAUGUACUAGAUCUGUGAUAGUCCUUUACAUUUGUAAAAGAUUUAAUAUUUUUCCUGCCAUAUAUGUUUGUUAAUGAAUAGAAGUCCUUUGCAUAUCCCUUUAUGUCUUGAAUAAGUUGAAUGCAAUAUAAUGAAUUUAACUUCUAAUUAAAAAAAAAACUUAUUCAUCUUUAUUUUAGUUCUUUUAUAAAUUACGUGCUUUUUAUUUUGUUAUUAAUUAUGAAUCAUCAUCUGAUAAAAAGUGACAGGCAUUCAUUAUUUGCAUACAAGCUUUGCAAAAGGAUCAUUAUCAGUAACUGGAAUCAUAUAUGUCAAAUUGACACUAGAAUUAUGCAAAUAGCAAUCAUGUAUACAUUUUAUUUUUGACUAUUAAAAUGAUUUUAUUGAGACAGAC